AUUUAUUGUAAGCAUUCAAAUGACACAGACGAAACGUAAACAAAGCGAUUUGCCGGCAUUUUCAGAAAAGAGAAAAUAGGACCGACAAUCUGUAGAAUAUCACAAUGAGUAAAGCCCAUCCACCAGAGUUGAAAAAGUACAUGGAAAAGAAAAUAAACUUGAAACUAAAUGGAGGCAGACAAAUCCAAGGAAUUCUACGAGGUUUUGACCCCUUCAUGAACUUGGUUGUUGAUGAAUGUAUAGAAGAAACAAAACUUGGAGAGAGAAAUCAAAUAGGAAUGGUGGUGGUCCGUGGUAACAGCAUCAUACUACUGGAAGCUCUAGAUCGGAUUGGGUGAAGCGUAAAAGUCAGUGGAGUAAAUGGGCAGCAAUGAAGAAUGGACUUCAAUUUUAUUGAUGAGGAUGUUUGAGAGAGAAUUUGUGUAUGAUAUUGUGUUCAUGUCUGCAGGACGCAGUCUGAUGGAGAAAUAAUUAUGUUGUUAUAUACAUGUAGACUGAAAUCAUUUAACUCAUUUUGAUUAUAUGUCACUUUUUCUUUUUCAUAUUAAAAAAAUUAUGAAAAAUA